AUGGGUGCUAAAUUAGGCAAACGUAAAAGUGUAUUGGUUUCAGAAAAAACAAAUGAACAAGAGAAAUCAGUGUUCACAACUUCAAAUAACCAUAUAGAUGGUACAACAACACUUGAAAAAAUGUUUAAAAAGACGACAGAAAAAAAUUCGGAUAAAAAAUCAUCAAAUCCAAAGGUAGAUAAAUAUACAAGUACAGAUGGUGGUAUAAUAUCGUCAUCAUCAUCAUGUAUUAAACAACUUAUUGGUAGUGCUAAAUAUAAUAAUCGUACUUCUGAUGUUCAUACUGCUGAAACAAAUUCAAUUAAUCAAUCUGAAACACCAAGUAAAGAUGUAUUAGAAUUUCGCGAUGCUUGCGUUCGACGUGGUAUUAUUUCUCCAGAAACAAAUAACUUCGCUUUACUAACAUCAACAGAACAAAAUUAUCAAGCAAAUACUGUCGAUGAAUCGACACAUGAAACUUCAACAACAGUCGUUAUGAAUAAUGAACAAGUUGAAUCGUAA